AUGUCGUCACAACCGUUUCAAGAUCUAGGAGUUGCACGAUGGCUCAGCGAGUCACUAGAAGCAAUGAAAAUAAAUAAACCCACAUCGAUCCAAGCUGCAUGUAUACCGGCAAUACUCAAAGGUCAAGAUUGUAUUGGAGGAGCUAAAACUGGUUCAGGUAAAACUAUUGCCUUUGCUGCUCCUAUGUUGACACAAUGGUCAGAAGAUCCUUAUGGGAUUUUUGGAUUGGUGCUUACUCCAACUAGAGAAUUAGCAUUGCAGAUAGCAGAACAAUAUACUGCAUUAGGAGCACAAAUGAAUAUUAAAGUAUGUGUGGUUGUUGGAGGUGAGGAUUUUGUCAAGCAGGCUUUGGAGUUGCAAAAGAAACCGCAUUUCGUUAUUGCUACCCCAGGAAGAUUGGCCGAUCAUGUUUUGAAUAGUGGGGAGGAAACAGUCAGUGGGUUGAGGAGAGUCCGAUAUUUGGUUUUGGAUGAGGCUGAUCGUUUAUUGAGCAAUAGUUUUAGUAGUGAUUUGGAAAGAUGUUUUUCUGUUCUACCUCCCAGUGAUAAGAGACAAACAUUGUUGUUUACAGCUACUGUAACCGACUCGGUCAAGGCAUUGAAGGAAAAGCCACGCCCAACAGGGAAACUUCCAGUAUUUAUGCAUGAAGUAGACACAGUUGACAAGGUUGCCAUUCCAUCUACGUUGCAGAUUGAAUACGUGUUUGUUCCCUCUUAUGUGAAAGAGGCAUAUCUACAUAGCAUUUUGCUCCUACCAAAGUAUAAAGAAUCAACUGCGGUCGUGUUUGUCAACAGGACAGUGACUGCAGAAGUAUUGAGAAGAGCGUUGAGAAAAUUGGACUUUAGAGUGGCUUCAUUGCAUUCAGAAAUGCCACAGUCGGAAAGAACCAACUCACUACAUAGAUUCAAAGCAGAUGCUGCAAGAAUUCUUAUCGCUACUGAUGUUGCAUCCAGAGGUUUAGAUAUCCCUACAGUUGAACUUGUGGUGAAUUUCGACAUACCGGCUGAUCCCGACGAUUUCAUUCAUAGAGUGGGUAGAACGGCGAGGGCAGGUAGAAAAGGUGAUGCUAUUAGUAUCAUUGGUGAGAAAGAUAUAGAGAGGAUUCAAAGUAUCGAAGAGAGAAUUAACAAAAAGAUGGAGUUGUUGGAGGAAAUUAAUGACGACAAGGUCAUCAAGGACUCAUUGAGCGCGAUGACAACUGCCAAGAGAGAAUCGUUGCUGGAGAUGGAUAAGGAAGGUUUUGGAGAAAAAAGAAAGAUCAACAAACGGAAAUACUCAAAGGAGGAGCCCAGCGACUCCAAAAAACCGAAAAAGUCCAAGUCUAAAAAGUGA